GGACGAGUGCUAGUGAAUCUGGACCAUGACCCUAGCGAAGCGGAUGUUUUCCUUCUCCCCGAGUUGGCAGAGAAAGCCAAACCACAUCAGAUAGGUGGCGUGCGGUUUAUGUACGAUGUAGUGGUGGACUCUAUCGCAACGUAUGGAGAUGGCAGGUAUAUACGUUGA